AUGGCCCGGCCUGAAGGGGCGGCCAGCACGGGGUGUUGCCGCGGACCAAUCUGGCGGCCUUUCACAGCGCUGAUGGAAUCCCUGGCAACACCGCGCCGCUCCUCCUUCAUGCCGGAGCCAAGUGGUGGUGCUGCAGCCUCGCGACGCCUCUUUGCGCCCCUCAUCCCCAGCCUCGCCCUCAGCACGAGCACCGACAGUAACGAGAACAAAACCAACACCACCAGAAGCGCCAACAAGUACUGCCUCGAUAAGAACUAUGGCGGGUUCUUAAUCGUGUGGGACCGGCUCUUUGGGACCUUCGAGGCGGAGCGCGACGAAGAGCCAGUUGUGUACGGCCUCGUGGACCAGCCUCAGAGUAGCAACAUUUUGUACCUCCAGUUCUUCUACAUCCGCGACAUCCUGAAGAAGGCCCGCGAGCAGGAGACUUGGGGGAACUUCUUCAGGGCCCUGCUAUACGGCCCUGGCUGGAGCCCCGGGACGCAGCGCCUGGGUGACCUGGAGACCUUCCCCGACGUGCGUUUCCCCCGCCAGAAGUACGACCCCCAGGUGCCCUUCUGGCUCAAGUCCUACAUCUCCGUGCACUUCCUGGUGACGCUCUUCCUGCAGCAGCUCCUCACGUUCAACCUGAAGAUGUACCCCGCCGUCACCGCCGCCGCCGCCUUCGUGUUCAUCUUGACGUCCAUCUGCAACAUCUCCGCCUUGUUCGACGCGUGGCCGUGGUGCGGCGCCGUGGAGGUGGCUCGCUGUGGCGCCUUCCUGGCCUACGCGCGCGCCACGCCCGUCAGCGGCGUGCCCCUCGUGGACGACUUCCUCAUCAGCCUCUUCUUCGCCUCCGCCGUGCUCUGGACCUUCAGGACCACGCUGGCGGGCGCGGCGCUCAAGCCGCUCAAGCUGCUGCGGGCGCUGUGAGGCGCAGACCCACGGGUCGCGGGGUGCUGCUUCAGCGGGCAUUGUGGGGCCGCGCGGGGUAUUGCGGGGCCUGGCGGGGCACUGACAGGCAUCAUGGGGCAUUCUAAGAUAUGGAGGAACACAUCGGUGCGGGCUGGGGCCUCCCUGGGCCUGGCUGCAGCAGCGCUGCUUAGGGCGUGGCGGGGCAGCACAGUGCUUGCUUCGUGGGCGGGUGGCGCGGCGCAAAGGGCAAGACUCGCUGGGUCGAGGCGCCUUGGCCGUGACCUACAGACGGACGCUCGCCUGGCUGGCACACACUGGCCUGCACAGACACGCGCUAGACGCUUAGAGACAUGAAUACAUAAAUGUAUAAGUAGAGCCAUAUAUAGCAUGUAAGUGAUAGUGAAGCAGCGAUAACCCGCCCUGCUUAACCUUAGCCCGCCCCGGCACCAGCUCCCUCCGGGCCGCCGCCCCCACGCCGCCCUCGGCACCGAGCUGCGGGGCGGGGCGGCGGGGUCGUGCCGGGGACGCGCGGGAAGAAAAGUUAUCAAGUAGCAGUUAAGACUUGAGUGUGUGGUGCUAUACAAAGUGUGUGUGUGUGUGUGUGUGUGUGUGUGUGUGUGUGUGUGUGCAUAGCUGUAGCGCCUAAAAUAGCCUGUAGUUGCGGUGAGCCCGUUACGUACACACGCGGCACCACACCCGUGUACACAUGUAAGGGGAGGUGUGUGCGUACGUACGUGCAACGCUUCUAGUGCUAGUUGUUCCCUAGACGGCUCAUGUGUGUGUGUGUGUGUGUGUGUGUGUGUGUGUGUGUGUGUGUGUGUGUUCAUCGUAGUGAUAACAAAGAUACCUUAAUAAAUUGUCUCUCUCGA